UUGAACAAGAUCAAUCAAUUCCGGGUAUACAUGUACAUCUCUUACAUUGAUCAAUGAUUUAUCUAAUUAUAUAUAUGGGUGUGACAAGGUAUUGAUUAUAGUGCAUUUACUUAGUAAAUAUUGGACGUUGUUUAUUUAUCUGUUAUUUGUUGGGGUACAUGUCAUUCAGCCUCGCUUAUUGUUGCAUGUCAAAAUUGUGUACGGAAAUUUGAACUUUAGCUAGUUUCAGGUUACUGUAUAAUAAUCUGUUAAUUAUCGAUGAAUUUUAUUGAAUGAUACAACAGCUGCAGCCAGGAUAAUCGUGACGGCUGACAGUGGAACUUGAAGAAUUGAUUGCUUAUUCAACUGUUCAAUAUUGAAUGAACUAUAGGACAUUAUAAAGAUGGCAAUGGAACUUAAAGGAAGAGUGUUAGUUUACUCCAUCUUGGGUUGUCCCCAUUGUAUGAAGGCCAAGAGUACAUUACAGGAGUUAGGUGUACCUUACACAGAUGUGAGCUUAGAGAAAUAUCCACACGCUCGUCAAGACGUUCAGAUGAGAACACAAAAACGAACAGUUCCUCAGAUAUUCUUCAAUGCCAGACAUAUUGGUGGUAACGAGGAUCUACAAAAUUUGGUAAAAGACCAAGAAAAGUGGACAGAGGCACUGGAAGUGUUGAAAAGUACACCAGCUGGUCCUGAUGCUCCACAAGUUCCUGAUCCAAGCACUGCUGUAAAAUCUUUUGAUGUUGGAGAUAUAGUGUGUGAACCUGAUGAAUAUGCCGAGUUUGUAAAAGAACUGAGGAAUUCAGGAAUUAUAAAAGACCAUAGAUCAUUGCUGAGAAGCUACAAAAAUUCUUUCAGUGGCAAAGAAUUUGUUGACUGGGUGGUUAAAACUAAGGAAGUUGUGCCGGCCCUCGGCAUUUGUAAACCGCGACCAGCGGGAGAAUUAGGAGAGGAUUUGAGGAAACUGAUACUGAAAAUUUACAGUAGUUAUUUAUCACCUGAUGGGAAGAAAGUGAACUACAAAGGAAUAGGGGAGAGUAGCGAGUUUGAACAAUAUCAAAAGUUGGCGAAGGAGCUUGUACGUGUUCAGAUAGUGGAGGCAACUAGAGAGGAGAAGUUGGCAUUCUUCAUCAAUGUUUAUAAUGCGCAGGUGAUACAUGCUAAUGUAACUAUGGGACCACCAGUAAAUCUCUGGCAGAGGUAUAAGUUUUUCAACACAGUGCGGUACAUAAUUGGCGGACAUCAGUACUCUUUACAAGACAUAGAAAAUGGUGUGCUCCGUGCCAACAGGAAAGGAAUGGGUAUGUUCAUGAAGCCAUUUGGUUCAUCAGAUGCUAGACUGAAAGUAUCCUUGGAAACGCCAGAACCUCUAAUACACUUUGCUCUAGUGUGUGGCGCUAAAAGCUGUCCUCCUAUUAAAACUUACUCUGCCGAGGGUAUAUAUGACCAAUUAAACUUGGCCGCAGAGUCGUUCCUGGAAGGAGAUGAUGGAUGCCAGGUUGACAUGGGUAAAAGAACAAUAAAACUGUCACAGAUCCUAAAGUGGUACAGUGUUGACUUUGGCAAAAAUAAAGAUGAGGUUGUAGAGUGGGUACACAAACAUUUACCGGACAGUGAGAAGAAAACACAAGUAGGUGAACUUCUGGAGAGCAAGAACUACAAGCUGUCACACAUGCCUUAUGAUUGGGGAAUUAAUUCGUAGACAAGGGACUCUCUUGCAUGAUGGGAGGUUUUUAAAGACUUCUUGUAACAAGCCUGAAAUCAAAGAUAUUUUUAACUUUAUGGCGUAAUCUUUGUAACUUUCUGCUUCGGAUAGUGGCUUAGACUUACCAUUGAUAUUGUGUCUUGACAAAAAGAAAAUUAUAUUAAUAAAUAAAAACAUGCUGUAAACUUUAUAAGGUGUACAUGUACUGUAUGAAACUUGUUUGUUCAUAUUAGUAUUUUUUUUUGUAUUUACCAGCCUAUAUAUAAAGUUCUUAUUAUUAUACAUAUGCAAGUUAUUCCAGAAAGAAAAUGUUACCAUAUUAUGAUGUAACCUGUACUGAUAUGCAUUAAGAUAUUUUACAGGAAUUAUUACAAUAAUUAUGUAUAAUCAUUAUUUCAGAUUAAUUUUUCUUUUAUCAGUAAUUCAAUAUAUUUGAUACCUUAAGCUGCACACUCCCAGAUAAACCAAAAUAUUUCAAGGUAAUCAAAUUUGAGAAAAAAGAAUCGAAAUUUAAAGAAAAGUAAAAAGAUUCAAGAUAAAAGUAAUAAUUUCUAUAUUAUAUUUGAUUUAUGACAGAUUUGGCAGUAUUUUUCACCAUAUUUCUACUAAGUUAUCAUGGUUAUUGAUGCAGAAUUUGAAAGGACUAUUUUGCAUAUUUUUGCCUCCUUUUUAGUAAUUAACAUGGGUGGUAAGUGAUGUUUGCAAUGUGAAAAUUAUUUUCUUUGUUCAUUUCACAAUAUUUUACUUUUUAAUGCAUAUUCAAUGUAUUAUGCCGUCAUCAAACUUGUAUCUGGAUCAUAACCUUUUUUAGUUCUUGGUGUAUUGUCUUCAUACUUGGCCACAACAACCCUUGGGACAAGACCUCUCAGUAGAACACACUGACCUUGACCUUCAUCCAUAAAUGACCUUGACCAUCAUUUCUUUGUUUGCUUUUAGAAAAAGUAAAAAGGCAAGCAUUGCCCCCGCCCGGCGGUGACUCUUGUAUAUUAUUUAUUUCAGUUUUUAUAAGAUAUAUCAUUGGAAAAACAUGUAUCCAUGAAUUUGUAGAAAUUGCACUUUUUUGGAAUUUAAUAUUUAGAUAUUAUUGUAAAGAUUUAUACAAUAAAAAAAAAUAUAUAAGAAUUGUUAAAUUAGGAAAAUGAGGAAAUCAAAAGAUUCAAAACAAGGAAAUUAAAGUUAAAAAAUAAGGAAAUUAAAAAAGAAAUGAAUAAAUAAUUGAAAUAGUAUGAUAAUCUUAAUUAUUUAUAAGUACACAAAGAUCUUUGACAUAACUUCAUACAUGAAAACGAUUUUUAAUUUAAUAUUCCCAGACUAGGAAGAGUGUUUGACUUUGAAUUGGGCAACUUGGGUUCAAUUCCUGGAUAGUGUAUAGGUCACUGUCGUAAUUGAUCAUGAAAUCCUUUAUACUGCUAUUUGCACUGUAAUACUACUUUGGCAUGUAAAGAAGUUAUAAAUUCCUGGUGAAAGUGAAGGAAACUAGUACUGGUAAACUGCUUGACAAAUCUGCCCAGGAACGAUGCAAUGGCAGAACAGUGCUCAGGUGCAUUCAAAGUAGCUUACUGCCUGUGAUCAGAAGGGUAAACUGCCAACACUACCAUCUACUAGCAGUACUAUCAUACCAUACAUGAUACGUAUCAAAGUUAGUAUCAUUAACACAUACUAUAGUCAAACAUUAACACUUUAUAUAAUUGCCACAGUUGUUACCAUGUAUAUGUACAGCAUAAUUAAAUAUGUUAGGUGAGUUUUAUAUGUUUACAUAUUUUUUUUCUUAUUUCUAUAUUAAUUCAAUUUCUAUAUUUAUUCAAUAAAUAUUUUCUUAUUUUCAUUGUAUAUUUCUAUAAAGGUUUUACAAUAAAAUGACUUUAUUAAUUCUGA